AUGUUUACGGCGCAAGGCUUAGUGUAUAGCGCACUUGAUGAACUCAAGGGAAAAGUUGCAAAUGAAGAGCCGCUUUCUGUAUUUAAAAAAGCAGUGGAAAAUUGCAAGCCUCAACUUGAAGUUCGUUCAAGACGCGUAGGUGGAGCCACUUAUCAAGUUCCAGUUGAUGUGCGCCCCUCUCGUCGAAUCGCUUUGGCGAUCAAUUGGAUU